UUGAGCAUCGCCAGCAGCUUUCCAAAGUCGAAAAAUAUUACAUCUGUUAGAAUGUCAACAGGCGUCCUCCUAGCGGGUCUGUGCGUGUGGCAAGAUUACACAAUAAACUCCCGUAUACCUCAAACAGCCGUCCUUAUCGGAAUCAACAUCUACGAUAGCGGCGAUCGUACACAAGCACGCGGCGUGGAUUUUGCUUAUGCUGUACGCGUACAAGAAGGGAACCAGAUGGCCUUAUAUAGGACAUACCAGAAUCGCAAAGCAACGAUUGGUUUUAUAUGGGACGAACCCCUCAAACGGCUAACGUAUCGACACUACCAUGGGUCGUCGAAUAAGGCUGGUCAGAUACUUACCUGUGACAAAAGGUUUGCUUCAGAAAUGCGUUGGGUAACGUACAACGAAGAAACAACAAAUACGACACUUUGUGUUGAAGUUGGAUUGAGUGAGUCGUCAGGUGAACGAAUUCUCUUAGCACGAGCGGUAGUCGCUUGUCGAGAGUGCGUCGACCGAGGACGUAUGCCAGCGAUAUUCAUGUUAGACCUUGGAUUUGCCAUCACACAUUUCGGCGAUUUCAUCAUUCUCACUGACUUCGAACUGUUAUGCCGACAGCCUUGAGAGUUUUUCAAGAGUAUACAACUGACUGGGAUAUCUAUUCCCAUUGUUGCUUACUUCCAAAUGUUGAAAUUGCGCGAAACGGAUAGAGUGAGUAAAUCGAUAAAAAUCGUGCGCUCGUACUUAACAGCCUUAUGAAUUGUCCCUCUUGGAAGAGCCAUCGGAGUGCGCUGCGAAU